AUGGCCUCCCCUCGUCAGCUUGAGAGCAUCCCAGACGGCUGGACCACCGAUCCUGCCGACAUUCAAUUCGAACUGAUCUGGAAAGGCCCUGAAAGUGAAGGCCAGGUCAUGGCAAUGAGGCUCGGGUUGUCACAACCAGAGGUUAUCAUGACCACCGAGCGCGUCACGGGGAAUUCUCUGUGCAUGUUCCAAUCGAGCGAGCGAUUCUAUAUGUGGAACCAGGUGGACGACACGGUCUGGCAAAUUACCAAGCCCACAGAUUUGCUGGACAUAUUCCGAACCAUAACCAACAAGGGAGAAGCAGCACUGGAAUUAGAGGAAAUUGAAUCUGUUCGAGUUGACAAGGAUGAGGAGCACGACGAGUGA